AUGGUAAAGGAGGAGAGUAAAGUCCGACGUAUUUACUCCACAGCGAUCCUAAUCUUCUCGUUUGUCGCGCUUGGGAUGUCGACGGCAAUGAUAGGACCAGCUCUUCCAGAUCUUGCAUUCAAAACGCAUCACUCGACGAAGGAUUACACGAGUGUCUUCAUGGCCCGGGCUUUCGGCUUCCUUAUUGGUGUUGUUAUUGGUGGAAAAGUAUCUGACAAAAAAGAUGAAAUGGCCGUCACUGGAUUAGCGAUUCUACUCUGUGGUGCGUUUCUGUUCUUCCUGGGCACCUUGCCGACGUUGAUGCUAGUUUCGGUCGUUAUUCUUGCAGAAGGUUUCGCAAUGGGAAUUUUGGAUACUGUUGGAAAUAUCGUGGCUUUGAGACUCUGGCCAACAGACAAGCAUGAAGCUACUCAAAAGUCGGUUAUGCAAGCACUUCAUGCGGGAUUUGCAGUUGGAGGCGUUCUUUGCCCCGUUAUUGCAAGACCUUUUUUGGGUGAGUAUCGAGUUGAUGGAGACAACGUAGCCGAUGUGCUCAAAGACGGUGAAGAUUCUUCUACUGAUAUUCUCGAAUGGGAAGUUGUCACACCUGGACGGCUAGAUGUUCUCUUUAAAAUCGUCGGGAGUUGCGUCAUCGCUUGUUCAGUGCUUUUCCUAGCGGAGUUUGUCACAUCCCGCCGACCAUGGACCAGGGAUCAAGGAGAGUCAAAAGAAGUUGCAGAGAACGCCGCUCUCUCCAAGUUACAAACUAGAUUCUCUUGGCUUUUAUUUUCAUUCUUCGUUCUUUGCGUUGGCUCAGAGAUUUCCUUCGCUCAGUUUAUUUAUAGCUACGCUCAGAGAAAUUUAGCCCCACAACUUAACUCGUCGACAACGAACUUUAUCCAGUCAAUCGCUGAGCGCGAUGAUCCCGUUCGAUAUUUGUCUUCAACUGCAACUUUUAUGUUCUGGAUGGGAUUCACGCUCUUUCGAAUCAUCGCCAUCGUCCAGAGCCGAUUUAUGAAGCCUGGGACGAUGCUUUGGAUGAAUCUUGGUGGCUGUAUCAUAACCUCUGCUGGAUUGAUUUUUGUUAAAGCUAUAGAACCGUGCUUGAUUUUAACCUUUUUCUAUGGCGCCUCGAUGGCGAAUACCUUUCCUUCCGCCUUCAAUCUUGCUGCGUCGUAUAUGGAGCUAGACGGAGCGAUGGCAUCCAAAUUCGUCGUUGGAUCAGCAAUCGGAUGGAUGACCCUCCCUUCCCUCUGUAUCGCGGUGAUGGACAAUUUCAGCAAGAUCCUUCCCACUGUUACUUUCGUUUCUGCCAUUUUAUCUUCUGUAAUUAUGCUGUUUACCCAAAGAAUGGGUGAGCGUUUUCUCGCUAAUAAGAUCUAA